AUGCGCAACAUGUCUGACCAGUUUCCUGUGGAGGACUCGCCGAUGAACGCACAGCCGCAGAUGGCGAACGGCGAUGACCACCCGAAGAGGGCCUCGCCGAUGAAUCGAAAUAACACACACGCAUUCGAUGAGGAUACGCUGAAUGGGCGCCCAAACGAGCCAGAGAAUACGUCGAGGCCGAAGGCCCCAACCGCGACUGCCAAUGGGGAUUGCGCGAACUCCGCCCAUUCCGAAUAUGUGGCGGCGAAGGAGCGGCUGGAGGCGGCACGCGCAGCGCACAAGCAGCGCUUGCAUGAGAUCAAGGACGACAAGUCGCUAAAGAUAAAAUCCAUGCCGUCUCUGGAGGAGCUGCGUGACGAGCGCGUGCGUCUCUCGGAGCAGGUGCUCCAUCACAAGGACGAGCAGGACUCUCUUGCCCUCGACAUCGAAGGGCUGCAGGGCGCCGCGGAGGUGUACCAACUGGCGGCCCGUGUGCAGCGCCUGGAGCACUUUGCCCAGCGUGCGUCCACGUACGUCGAGGAGACGCUGCCGAAAGAGAUCGAGAGGACGCUGGAGGAGGACCGCCAGCAGUCCAAUCAGGAGCUCUGCGCCUACAUCCAGGAGCUUCAGACCAAGCGCGCGAACACGCUCAAGAGGGUUGUCGCCUCGCAGGAAAGCAUGGUCAAGAGGAAUCGGCACCAAAGCGAUGCCGCUGUGAGCGAGGAGGAGGACCCGAUGGAGGCCAAGGCGGCGGCGCACACGCAGGAAAAUAAGGACGAGUGCGUCGUGCUGCAUCAAAAGAUCCGCAGGUUCUGCUCUAUGAGGACGAAGCUGCAGAGCGACAUCCUGAAGGAGAAGGGUGCCAGCAAAAAGAUGGAGGAGAGGAUGUGCGCCUCCAUCCGCACCGCGGAACUGACCAACACCCGCGAUGCCCGCAUAUGUGGGGAGCUGAACAACCGCAACGCCGCCGCCACGACGAACUCGCAGCUGCUUAUGGACCAGCUCAACGUCGUUCACUACGGCAUAGGCAACGCGCCGUCGACGAAGCAGCUGCUGGAGGACCGCAAGGAGCGUGAGGCCUUGCUGGAACCCGUCGAGACGAAUCCGCUGGACUAUGGGCGCUUUGCAUUCAAUGGCUCCUUAGGCUCCCGGGGGUCGUACGCGAAUUCGCUGAGCUCACACCCACGCGCCAUGAGGCCACCGCUGGUGGCCUCGAAGCCGACGGCGUCGCAGCGCGCCCGCGAUGACGCCUCGCGCUCCUCACGCGAGGAGUUUGCGCAGAUGCUGCGCCGAAACAGCGAAGGUAACAGCUACCAACCAUCUCGCUCCCAGUCGUUGUCGAGGCCACCGCUGGUGGCCUCGAAGCCGACGGCGUCGCAGCAGAACCGUGAGGGCGCUCUUCGCGAGGAACGCGAGGAGGUUUUGGCGUCCCGUACUCCCGCGCGGAGCAACUCCAUCUUCUCGGAGGGGCGACCGGCAUCCCUUGCGGGCAGGUCUACCGCUUCGCAUUGUAACCGUGAUGGGCAGUAG